UUUUAAUUUUUAACUUUGGUCACUCUAGUAAAAGGAAGCGAAAGCUUAGCAAAUAUCUUUUGUGCGAGUUUAUUCUUACGAAAAUAUGACGGAUUGGGUAAAAAUUGCGGAAGACCAAGAAGUUUCAAAAUUGGUCGAUAAACUUCAAAUCGCGUCUGGAAAUACGCCGGCCAAUGAUUUAAAGGCUCAAAAUGCCUCUGAGAGGGACAACGAGCCUGAUGUAGCUGACCCAGCUGAAACGAGUCUUUUGAUAAAGAUAUUGGGAAAAGGCUUAGUAAAUACGAAAUUGGCGCUGGAUAUUCAACAGAAGAAUCCAAGUUCGCCAUUACAUUCAGUAAAAACAUUUGAAGCGUUGCACCUGAAGCCGGAACUUUUAAAAGGCAUUUAUGCAAUGGGCUUUAAUACACCUUCGAAAAUUCAAGAAACAGCACUGCCAACUCUUCUUGCUGAUCCACCCCAAAACAUGAUUGCUCAAAGUCAGUCUGGUACCGGUAAAACAGCUGCUUUUGUGUUAGCAAUGUUAAGCCGCGUGAAUGUUAACCUGAAUUACCCCCAGGUUUUGUGUCUCUCGCCAACUUAUGAACUGGCAAUCCAAACCGGAGAGGUUGCAGCCCGCAUGGGCCAGUUUUGUCCUGACAUCAAAUUAAGAUUUGCUGUUCGAGGAGAGGAAGUUGAUCGCAACUCACAGAUACCGGACCAUAUUCUGAUUGGAACUCCUGGUAAAAUGUUGGAUUGGGGCUUAAAAUUUAGAUUAUUUGAUAUGAAAAAAAUAACAGUUUUUGUAUUGGAUGAAGCUGAUGUAAUGAUUGCUACCCAAGGCCACCACGACCAGUGUAUUCGAAUUCACAAAAUGUUGAAUCAACAAUGUCAAAUGCUAUUCUUCUCUGCCACUUACGAUAAGGAAGUGAUGGACUUCGCCCGUUUAAUAGUUUCAGAGCCUACGAUAAUUAGACUGAUGCGGGAGGAAGAAUCGCUGGAUAAUAUUAAACAAUACUACGUCAAAUGUAAAAACGAAGAUGGAAAGUAUACGGCUAUACAGAAUAUUUAUGGAUGCAUAAGUAUUGGUCAAGCAAUCAUAUUUUGCCAUACUCGUAAAACUGCAGCUUGGCUAGCAGCUAAAAUGGCGUCUGAUGGACACUCCGUUGCAGUGUUAUCUGGUGAUUUAACUGUGGAGCAAAGACUAGCUGUUUUGGAUAGGUUUCGGUCAGGAUUACAAAAAGUUCUGAUAACAACUAACGUGUUAUCCAGGGGUAUUGAUAUAGAACAGGUUACUAUUGUUGUUAAUUUUGACUUGCCAGUUGAUGUUCGUGGAAAUGCUGAUUGUGAGACUUACCUACACCGCAUUGGUCGAACAGGACGUUUCGGAAAGUCCGGAAUUGCAAUUAAUCUCAUCGAUAGCGAACGAUCUAUGGCAGUAUGUCGAACUGUUGAAAAACACUUUAAAAAGGAAAUCCAAUAUCUAAAUACUGAUAACGCUGACGAUAUUGAAAAGAUAGGAAAUUAAUUUCAUCGUUGUUAUAAUCAGUUCGAUUACGCUUUUUCUAAAUUUAUUAAGUGAAUAAAAAUAGCCCUAUACAAAA